AUGGCCAAUGUUUUGAUGCGGCCGAGCUCCGCGUCAGCUGCCGCAUUCCGGACAUUCCGCCGCCGUCGCGUGUACCUAUUUGAGGAGCAACAACAACGGCUCGAACAAGUUGCUGCAAGGAGGAAAAAGCAAAAAAGACUCCGCCUCUGGGGACAUCCCUUGCCGGUUCACCGCAUUGAUUCUUUUGUCGGAGUCCGAGUCUUGGCUUGGCUUCUCCACGAGACAUGCUCGCUCAGGUUCUCAUAUUUCUCCUGACAGUAACCGCUUAUGAUGGACAUCCGCUGGGCUUGUCCACUCCUCUUCAAGAAAACACCGAAUUCGCCAUCGAUGUCGACGUCAAACAAAGAAGGUACUUCUUACUUCGAAUUUAAUCUCCCUUUCUUUUUUGACGCUCCUUGAUUUUUUUAUAAUUCUUGUGUUUUUUUUAAUAAUCUCUCUGCCUCAGAUUUCUGAAUUCUUUAUCUUUUACUACAUUUUUAUACCUUUUGUCUAAAUUUUCAUUUUUAUUUUUUUUUUGAACUUCUUUGGGCCCUACUGGAAAUAUUUUCUUGCGGAAAUUUUGUUGAAAAAAAGUGAGCUGUUGGAAGUGAAAGGAGCAUUUUCAUUUUCGAAGAACCUGUUAUGUCUAUCACACUUCCUUCACGAUUUUUUCUUUAAUCUUUAUCUCCUUGUUUCUUCAUGUCGAUAUACUAUGAUAUUUUGAACUCAUAUAUUCCUUCACUAUCGAUUCGGAAAAUUUUCAGACUCCAACUGAUUGUGACUGAUCCAAAGUCUCCAUUUUUCCUCUACGUCACUCCAUGUGGCGCUCCUGUCCAUUGGCAACUUUUCGAGCCCAUUCCAGGUAGAAGAAUUCCCUGUUGCUAAUAAAAAUAGACUUUGAAAAGAAUAAAUUGUGAUUCCAGGCCUAUCGAUCGAGGAAGAAUUCGAAGCGUUGCGAUUGGAGCGAGGGCCGCUGGAUGAAUCCGAAAAGUUCCGACUGGUUGCUGGCGAAAUCGACUCUCAACGCAUGACAUUCUUCUCUCACCAUCUUUCCAAAAGUAACCUGAAAUUCUUCACUGGAAACUUCAGCAAAAAAGGGAAAAAACAGAGAAGCAUGCAAACAUUUUUUUGUAAACUUUUCCAAUUUUUUUGUUGCUAUAAACUUUCGUUGACUAGGUCAUCUUCAAAGAAAGAACUUUUUUAAGGAGCGAUUCUGGUUCUGAGUGCGACGUCUUCUGCGACGGCGCGAGUCUUCUUCUCACCGUCCCUGCUUCGCGUCGAGGAGCAGUACCCGCCUCUGCCACGAGACACGCGACUCGCUUAUUCGCUGCUUGGACCUUCUUCCGACGGCCAAGACUCGCGUGCGAUUAUCACCUGGAAAAUCUCCCCGACUGUCCGGUCGGUUUUCCGUCUCUUCUAAUCGUCAUCCUUGUGUGGUGCAGGAACGCCGAGGCUGGUCGCUACCGUACCUGCGCGAUUCUGUCGCGUCGCCCCCCUGCUUGGGCCGCCUGCGAACACGUCGACGAAGGCGUCGAGGCCAUCAAGUGUGUUCCGCAGACCAACAAUUCGGUCUUCAUCAGUUCUCUCAGGUUGGAAAAUCUUCCUUAUCGAGCAAUAAGGCAUUCAGUGUAUCAGUGUAAGAUUCAAAAUGUUUCGGAUGAAUAUUCUAACUCCCAUUUCGACAAAUUCCGAAAUUCAAAAGAUUAUUUUUCUUUAUUCAUUCCUAUAUUUUUAUCUGUGAACAGGACAAAAGCUUCAUUUUUUCCAAUGAUUGACACCUCUACUAUAUUCUACUCAAAAUCAUCUUUUUUAUUUGUUUUAUUGAUCAAACGAUUAACUUGCUCUCAGACAUGGCAAGCCGUACUUCAUCACAGUUUUUGUGCGGGACAACUUGCGCGGCAGUUCUUCUCCCUACGAAGUUUUGCGGAUCGAGACUGACGCUCCGGUACAGCCCGCCGUCCGUUUUUCAAGAAAACAGAAGGUUGCGACUUGAAGAUUUUUGAAUUUAAAUGUUUUGUUCAGCCUAAGCUUCUGCUUAAUUCAAAGCUUGAAUCGGGAAAGUUGGACGCGAAAAAAGGCGCUCUGCUGAAUUAUCGUUUCGCUUUGGCUCCUGUGAAUCACAGUCUCCCUACCACCAGAACCGUCAGUUUUUUCCCUUCAAAAUAAGAGAAAAUUGGAACGAAACAUUUGAAAACUGGAAAUCCUAUUGAUUUUUGGAGGUCGCACCUACCUCCUGUAACUUUUUUUUUUGCUCCGUAAUUUGAGCUGAGCCGGAUUUUCGUCACUCAAUCAGAAGUCAGGAAGUGAAACUGAAGCGAGCUAUUUUUACCUCACGAACCACUGAAAACUGGAGAAAAAACACGGAGCAAGAUAGUUUGACGCGAAAAAUAGCACGGCCGCCGAGGGUUUGACGUCAUCAGCGAGGUCGGCGGCCGCGGCUGUCGCAUUCCUUUCCGCAGCCGUCGCCCCUAGCCUAGUUCAGCUGUUGGAGCAUACUCGCUCAUGUCAAAUCUCGAACCAAAGUAAAAAAAAAAGACAAAAAAAUGGAAGCAAACAUUUAAAAGAUGAAAUCAGUUAUUAUCUUAAAGAUACAAGAAACUACUAUAUAAAAAUGAUUUCAGGCGCUGGUUGUGGUGCAUGUGUGCGAUGGCUUCGUCAGAAUGAACGUUUUCCGAAAUGGUCGACUUCUGAAGCAAAGUGAGCCCUUCAGUGGUUUCCGAAGGUCUGAAAAUUUUUUGUGACUUGACUAAAUUUCAAUUUAUUCUUUUGCAGAAUCGCAAUAACUAACGUCCGCAACGGUCAUCUUCGGUUCCAAAUCGUCAAUCAAGACCAAAAGCCGAAGGUAAGAAAAACAGCUACAUCAUAAAUAGUGAAAUUCUACAACUUGGAAGAUGUGCUUUUUUAAUUUCGAAAAUUUUAUUCACUUCACCUGAGAGGUAAACUCUCUUUGUCAGAUGCCUGAGUAUUUUUAACUUUUUCUUUUUCAUUUUGAUUUUUUGAAGAUUUCUUGUUUUAUUAAAAAGAGAAUCAUCGUACAUAUAUCCUUUUUUUAAUUUUUUUUUUUAUUUUCAGACAGUACGCAUCUGGGCCAGCACACAGUCUUCAGACUCUCCGUAUCCUUCACUCCCGGACGACACAAGGUAAUUUUUUAUCUUAAUUUUAAUAGAAAAAUUGUUUUCUUUUUCUACUGAAUCCGUUUUGCUUAAUUGAUCCCAAGGAGAUCAAUACAAAAAUUCAUUUAUUUUUAUGCCUGUUGUGAAAUCCUGAAUGAUUCUUAAAUGAAGAAACAAUUUUUCCUCGAUUGCUUGCACUGAAACUAUUUUUAUUGAUUCUCAUAAUUCACGAUUUUCUCAAUGAAUUUCUAGAAAGCGUCAAGCUGUCAAUACUGCCAAAGUACGAUUUAUAAUCAUGAAACGAUCCGACUGAAGUUCUCGUUAAACUUUGCCAUAAUGAACUUUUAUUUCAAUGCUUGCUAAACCGGUACCAGACAACCUGGAAAUAUAUUCUUUUCAAAAAAGUCACCACUCGUUCCAAUAGACUCUGGUUUCAGCGUGAAGGCGAGCUCCCGGACGUGCUCCUCGGCGACUUUGCAAUGGCUCCGUGCUGCCGAUCCUCACGUCCGUUACUGCGUCUACAAACGUCGUGAGAGCGCCAACUUCCUCGAGCAACUCGUCAGUAAGGUAUUCUGGUCCCUCUCAACAGCUCCUCAUUGAGAAUUCUCAGGCGGGAAACCUCUGCGAAGGCGGCAUCGCGUCGUCGGAGCUCGUCGGCUGCUUCUCCCACUCUUCGUCGCCGUCUUCUGCGUCGCUUAUCGAGACGACCGUCUCUCAUCUGAAGUCGUCGAGCACCUACCGCUUCGAUCUGCUCGCCACGCCUUUGCAACGACCCAGCGCUCAAGCUCUGCCUUAUCGAACCAUUUGGGUUAGGACCACAAGUCAAUGUUAAGUCUGAUUAGAAAGCUCCUCAGUUCUGACAGUUUCUUUUUUGUUUUGAUUGUUUAGAACGUCUUUCUUCAUUAUCUCUUUGGAUGCUGGUGUCUUUUGCUUUUCAUUUCGCUUUUUGAGAGCCUUUGUCAUGACCUUUCGAUGAUUCUCAUACGUGAUCUCACUUCUUUCAUCGAUCUUGUCACCUUACACACACGAGAUUCGCCUUUGAUCAACGGGUUCAGCCUCAGAAAGCUUUAUAUUUGA